AUGGUCCGUACGAGCAAGACUGCAAGUAUACUUCGAGCCAUGGCAGUUUCCUGCAGCAGCAGCAGCGACGACGCCGAGGCGGACUCUGAUUCGUCCGUGCAGAGUGACGUGGGCGUAAGUUCAAGUGUUAUCAAUAACGGCAUACAAGCAGCUCAAGCCACGGACGCGCUUGACGAAUACACCGUUGCUGAUCUGGAAACAGCACGUCACGGUGAUGCUGCGCAAUCUGAAGAAUCACUGCGUUCAUCAGAUGAUGUGGAAGGCGCGGCUGGUGACACACUUAAUGAAGAAGAGAGUGAUACUUCUGGAACAAGCACAAGUACGCGAUCGCGAAAGAGGACACUAAUGGAGAGCAACGUGGAGCUCGAAUACAACUACCAGCUGUGUACAUUUAUGGUCAUGGACCAGUUUGGAAACGGACAAGCUGUUCAGCACUCUGUGAUCGAGCGCAAUGCUGACUGGCAUAUGCUCAAGCUGAUCGAACAUUUCCAAGCAGUGAUUCACGCAGAAGGGGACCACGUCGCUCACAAGAAACAGAUGAUAGAGCGCAACAAGUACAAAUGCGUUCAGAGUGUCUUCAGUCGUCUCACGUCGGAGCUCACUGGCCUACCUGACGCUAAGUUCACUGCCGCGCUGGACCAUCUAGAGAGCUGGUGUGAUAAUUUGCGACAAGGAAACGUAGCUCUACCUCUCACGCAGUCCGGUACAUCUGAUUCUGAGCUCCUCCCAACUCAAGUCGCUGUAUCCGAACCGGAAUCUCACAAUGAAGGGAAGGGCAGUAGUGUUCAUGUUGCCGAGACCCAAGGAAUAACUGCCGAUUCGAUGUCAGCGGAUCCUAAGCCUGAAGUGAACUUACAGAAACGCGCGAAGAAAGCAGCAAGAAAAGCCACGCCUAAAAUCAACCAAUUUAAUCCACGAGCGCCAAAACUGGGCCGUCCUCGAAAGAAUCGAGCUGCACAAGACGCUCAGCGAAACGCCGACAGGAAGGAAUACAACAAGGGGGCAAAGUUACGGAAUGCGUUGCGAGCAGACGACGUAGUGCAUGUCGAGGAGUUCCUGAAGAGCAGUCAGCCGUCGCUGAUGGAGCUAAGCUCGUAUUUGAACACUUUUGAGACGCGACACUUCGGGCGCAAGGAGAGAAACAUCACAGUCACGAAGCGAAUCCCUCCUGAAGAUAGCGUGCCGUACCGUCUUCCCGAGGCUAUGCGCCUUCCGGGAUUCGACCAGGGCUUUCACUUGGACUGGACGCAUUUGUACUGUGCUCGAGAUGGCUGCUGGUUCAACGACAAUUUAAUUCAAGCCUUCUCGGCGACGCUGUCGGCCAAGUACGGUGCCAGCACUACAAUUUUCCUACCGCAGCUUAAAACACCGGCAAAAGAUAAGGGCCAUCGAAUCCCACCACUGACGUUAAGUCUUGUAGCAGCUACGAACAUGGAAUGGGUGUUCAUGCCGCUGAACGUCAAUGCCAGUCAUUGGACAUGCCUCGCUGUGAACCAGCUUCAAAAAACCAUUUACUGCUACGACAGUCUCGACAAACGCGCCUAUCAUAACUUGCUGGAAGAGUUGGCGCAAGAGCUCGUGGUCCGGAGCAUGACGGAGCCGUACGAGAUAAUAGCUGUGCACAACCCCAUCCAGAACGACGGUGACAACUGCGGUCUGUUCGUAUGCCUGUUUUUCUGGCGCCGCGUGUACAAGGAGGCACCCAGAGAUUAUUCGAAGACGGGUUGUCUACGCCAGCGGUGGGAUCUCCUUCGCAGUGUGGUGGACUUUAGUGACUCCAGCAAAAACGCAGAGUAA